AUGCUUGCAGCCCGUGCCCUUCGCGGGCCUCAGUGGUAUCGAUAUGCCGCAACGCGACGAGCAUACUCGGUGUCUAUUCAAGGAGACAGACCUGCCCGUGUCAAGACCAUCGCAGAUCUCAAAGAAUUCCAGUCAGCCCAGCCUGUCUCAGACGUCCAGGUCUGUGGCUGGGUGAGGUCGGUUAGGAAGAGCGCCGGCGUUCGGUUUGUCGAUGUGACAGACGGUUCUUCCAUGCGCCCAGUUCAGGCCGUGGUCGACAAGUCACUUGCUACAGACAUCCGCCCAGGCUCGGCAGUCCGCUUUCUUGGAACCUGGAAAGACGGGUCCGAGAUCAAGCACAGCCAACCGGCUUCUUCCACCGAGGAGUUGCCCAUGUCUGAACCAGCUGCGUAUGAACUCCAAGUUCAGCAAGUCGACAUUCUAGGUUCUUCAAAUCCGCAGACAUAUCCUAUACAAAAUAAGUAUCAAACUCCCGAAAGUUUGCGGACAAUCUCACAUCUGCGAUCUCGCACCCCGAUGAAUAGCACCCUUUUGCGCUUUCGCUCUGACGCCACUGCCCUUUUGACGCAGUUCUUCUUUCGCGAGCAGUUUCAGCAAACACAUCCACCUAUCAUUACCUCAUCAGAUUGCGAGGGAGCUGGAGAGGCUUUCAUGGUGCAGGCCGCUGGCAAAGGUCAUUUCUUUAGAGACCCCAAGUACCUCACAGUGUCGACGCAGCUGCAUCUCGAGUCUUUAGCCCAAGCCCUCGGCGAUGUUUGGACAUUGUCUCCUACCUUUAGAGCCGAAAAGAGCGACACAUCUCGGCAUCUCAGCGAAUUCCAAAUGCUAGAGGCAGAGAUGAGCUUCGUGAAUAGCAUGGAUGAUGUCAUGGACCUGGCCCAAAGGAUGCUCGUGUCGCUCACAACCGGUCUAAAGGACCUUCGUGCAGCCAAAGAGCUAGAAUACAAUAGACUGGACGCCAAGGAACGUGCCGAGAAGCUGGCCUUUGAGGAUCUCGAGAGUGCCGAGGUCCUCACACGCCGGUGGAACGGCAUGAUGACAACAAAGGCAUGGCCAAGGCUCACAUACACGGAGGCUAUUGAGCUGCUGCAACCGGUAGCGGAUCAAUUCGACCAUAGACCUGUGUGGGGUGCUGGACUCCAGUCAGAGCACGAAAAGUUUCUUGCCGAAAAGAUCGGCUACGACGAAGCAAACGAUGCUUACCUCCCCAUCUUUAUCACACAGUACCCUCGCGAGAUCAAGGCUUUCUACAUGCUCAAAGCGACCGAAUCGCCGGCCCAAGGCCAAACUGUCGACUGCUUUGACCUCCUGGUGCCCGGUCUCGGCGAGCUUGCGGGAGGCUCCAUGCGCGAGCAUCGCUUGCCGGAGCUGGAGGAGAGCAUGAGGUUACACGGGUUACCUGUGCCUAAUCCCCGCCAACCCGGAAGCAACAACCUCUCUUGGUAUCUGGACUUGCGGCGAUGGGGGUGCCCACCGCACGGCGGCUUCGGACUCGGCUUCGACCGACUUCUCAGCUACCUCACUGGCGUCACCAACGUUCGUGAUGUGGUACCCUUUCCACGCCAUUUCGAACGCUGCGACUGUUGA